AGACGAGUCUGUUGGUAGAGACCCAGAAUAAGGUUAUAAUGGCUUUGAAAAAGUAACCCUGUGUUUUAAGGAAAUAACCAAACAUCGCGCCAUGGUAGCUUUCAUCAUUUUUGGCAUUUGCAAAAAAAUGGGCAACAUGCGGUGAGACGGGACAUUGUUUGCUAAUUUUACAACCACAAAAAACGUGUGCUUAGUAGACUAUCGACUAUCAAAGUAAAUGUUAUUGCCAACAUCCUUGGAAGCACAAAAGUAUUAAGAAAAUAAUUUGUAAGGCAUAGCGUUGACAUCAAUAUAUUAUAUUCAAGUGUGACGGCGUGAUAGUGAAUCUCGGCGCAUCCAUCAAGUCUAAUAGUGAUGAAGCUUCUAUCUCAAAUAAUAUGAAAUCAUAUUGUGUUAAUUCGUCAGCAACGGCGGAAGAAAUGACAUCGAGGGACUAUUACUUCGAUUCCUAUGCCCAUUUUGGUAUUCACGAAGAGAUGCUUAAAGAUGAAGUUCGAACUAUUACAUAUCGGAAUGCUAUGUAUCAUAAUAAACAUUUAUUCCGAGGCAAAGUUGUCCUUGAUGUCGGCUGUGGAACUGGUAUAUUAUCGAUGUUCGCAGCUAAGGCUGGUGCAAUUAAAGUUAUUGCCGUAGAUUGUUCAAAUAUCGUCGAGUAUGCGCGACAAGUUGUCAUAGACAAUAAUCUGCAAGAUGUCAUCAGUGUAGUAAAAGGGAAGAUAGAAGAAAUUGAGUUACCUUCUGGUAUUGAAAAGGUGGAUAUAAUUAUAUCGGAAUGGAUGGGAUAUUGUUUGUUCUACGAAUCGAUGCUGGAUACAGUACUGCAUGCACGUGACAAAUGGCUGAAACCUGAUGGUAUGAUGUUUCCAGAUCGCGGAACUUUAUAUAUAACAGCAAUAGAAGACCGGCAAUAUAAAGAUGAAAAAAUUAAUUGGUGGGAUGAUGUUUACGGCUUUGAUAUGAGUUGCAUUCGGAAAGUUGCAGUAACAGAACCUCUUGUUGAUGUUGUAGAUCCAAAACAAAUUGUUGCUACAUCCUAUCUGAUUAAAGAAGUAGAUUUAUAUACUGUUAAAAAAGAAGACUUGGAAUUUUCAUCACCGUUUAACCUCAUUAUUAAGAGAAAUGAUUUUGUACAAGCGCUGGUUACAUAUUUCAAUAUAGAAUUUACAAAAUGUCAUAAACGUUUAGGCUUUAGUACAUCACCUGAGGCUACAUACACUCACUGGAAGCAAACAGUGUUCUACCUAGAUGAUUAUCUUACAGUUAAAAAGGGUGAAGAAAUUGCAGGAAUAUUUAAAAUGAAGCCAAAUGAACGCAAUAAUAGGGAUUUAGACUUUGUUAUUGAUGUCCAUUUUAAGGGCGAACUAUCAGAUGUUCAUGAGCAUAACACAUACAGGAUGCGUUGAUAAAAACUAUACAAUUUCAUAAUUAAUUGAUAUCAACUUCUUUUUAAGAACAACUUUGUAAUGCAAAAAUAUGCAGUCUUAAUGUAUCUUAAUGCGGCUGGAAUUAUCAAAAUAAAAUUAUUAAAUUUUGUUAGAUAUAAACGGACCGAAAUAAAAAGUGGGACUGACCAAAACGCA